UAGAAUCAUGUAAGGCUGAUCCCUCUGUUUCUAAAUCGUGUAGUCACUGUGGGAAACUGAAGAGCAGUAAUUCACAAUAGCCAAGAAAAAGUGGAGUUUGCAAGUUCUAGCUACUAGGAAUAAACCACAACACACUCACAAUGUCUAUUAUGUCCUAUAACGGAGGGGCCGUCAUGGCCAUGCGAGGGAAGAACUGUGUGGCGAUAGCAGCGGACCGGAGGUUUGGCAUCCAGGCUCAGAUGGUCACCACAGACUUCCAGAAGAUCUUCCCCAUGGGAGAUAAGCUGUACAUCGGGCUGGCAGGACUGGCCACUGAUGUUCAGACAGUAUCCCAGAGGCUUAAAUUCAGACUGAACCUGUACGAGCUGAAGGAGGGUCGCCAGAUCAAGCCCAAGACCUUCAUGAGCAUGGUGUCCAACCUGUUGUACGAGAAGAGGUUUGGGCCAUACUACAUCGAGCCUGUGAUCGCCGGAAUAGAUCCAAAAACCUCCGAACCAUUCAUCUGCUCCUUGGAUCUGAUUGGCUGCCCCAUGGUGACAGAAGACUUUGUUGUGAGCGGCACCUGCUCCGAGCAGAUGUACGGCAUGUGUGAAUCUUUGUGGGAGCCAGACAUGGAACCAGAGGAUCUGUUUGAGACCAUCUCCCAGGCCAUGCUGAACGCGGUGGACAGAGAUGCCGUGUCUGGAAUGGGAGUGGUCGUCCAUGUCAUUGAGAAGGACAAGAUCACCACACGAACCCUGAAAGCCAGGAUGGACUAGAGUUUCUGUUUCUCCCCACACUUCACCAACACACACGUUUUGUAUAAAAAUAAUAAACAAUGCUUGUUCUGUCUUUUUCUUUUCUUCAAAAAAUAAACAUGUUUAAACUACU